UUUUCUGUCAAAUUUAUUUACGAACGAUCGACGAAUACGAGACGAGACGAUUGUAUUGUAUUUGUUAAAAUAUUAAAUUCUUGCCGUGUGCAGGUUAAUCAGUAAUCUUCAUCAUCAUGUCGUAUUUAGCUUCAAGCAUCCGCAGAUGCGUUAGUCUUAAGAAUCUCAGCAGUUUUGGAACUCUGCAACAUGCUGCAUCGUAUCACGCAAACGUAAUUGAUCAUUAUGAAAAUCCCCGGAAUGUUGGUUCACUGGACAAAAAGGAUAAGAGUGUUGGUACUGGUCUAGUUGGCGCCCCAGCUUGCGGGGAUGUGAUGAAGUUGCAAAUUAAAGUUGAUGAGAAUGGGAAGAUCAUUGAUGCCAAAUUCAAAACCUUUGGCUGUGGAUCUGCUAUUGCGUCUAGUUCUCUGGCCACUGAAUGGGUUAAGGGCAAGACUGUGGAUGAGGCACUCAAGCUUAAAAACACAGACAUUGCAAAGGAACUGUCAUUGCCACCAGUAAAGUUACAUUGUUCAAUGUUGGCUGAAGAUGCUAUCAAAGCAGCAUUAUCCGACUACAGAAUCAAACAACAAUCUGACAAGAAAGAUUAAAUGAAAAUUGAAACUUAAAAAGGAACAGAUCUGUGAUGGCUAUAUAAACGGAAGACGUAGAUAGACAUGAAUUAGAAAUUUUAAUUC